AUGUCCAAGCGACCGUCCCGAGCAUCGACGAGCCACGUCAAGUCAUACAAUGAGGACGAGCUUGAGUUGAGAGGCCGCAUGGUUGGUGGUCGUGGUCGUGGGGGUGGUGAGAGGAUGGGCAUCAAUGAGAAGCAGGGCGGGCCGCUACGAGUAGCUGGUGGGGCCGCCUGGGGAGUGCCCGUUGGGGAUGCUGAGGAUGACGACGACGAUGACGAAGACGAAGGAGAUGAAGAAGAUAUCAGGUCCGUACCAGCUAGAUGGCCUACGUCAGAUUAUCGACCUGACUCUAUUUCUGAAUGUCAUGCCUCGGCGAAUUGCACAGCUCGGUCUACCUCCAAGCUAUCCGAGUACACCACCGUCGAUCCUCUUCUCUGGCUUGGUCUCAGCUCGGACUGAUGCAUCAGUAACUUCGACCUCACUCUAGGCAUACGAGAGUAUGGCGUUGAAGAAGGACCAACGACGAGCGGAAAAGGCGCUCAAAGACGCUCGAGCAAUCCUCACCGCCACCUCCAACGAGGUCGACAGCAAUGUACGAGUAGCGAUGGCGAAAGCGUGAGUCGGCCUUGAUCCGUCGACUCGUGCGACAUCCAUGUUGAUAAUCGUAGGUGGCUGGAUUUGCGAUUACGCUCUCAGGGAUGCUAUGAUCAAACAAGCCAGCGAAGCUGCAGCGAAAGCCACCCGCGAAUCUCAAGAAAACCCUUCAGCGCAGUGGGCGAUCGCGUUCAGCUCGCAACAUGCCGUCGCCGAACAAGUGACGCAAAAGUUUGACACGGUGCGCGAGGACCUCAAGUCCAAGGACGGUCAACUGUUCCAAGAGAUGAUUGAAGCAUGUGAGUUCGCAGCUGAACAGGUCUCCUCUGUCCAAAUCGUCUUCGGAGGAGCCGAACUGAGCGCUCGCAACGAGAAUUUGUUGAUACUCACUCGAUCAGUUACGGAGCGCUCCUCGCGCAACAAGAAGGUUUUCAAGAAAUUCAAGCAAGCUGUAGCCGCCCAAGAACACGAGGCGAUCGAAAUGGCCAGGGUAAGAGUCCCUCUUUCCCGAAGUUGUUCCACCGCUUGGGGUCAUGCUCACACGAAUGGAUGAUCUUCGGGCUUUGGCAUGCUCAGAUGUACGAAGAGAGUGCAAGGGCCCAGAUCAGAUACUUCAAAGCAGCUGCAAAAGCUUGA